CCCGAGGAUGUGUCUACGACUUCAUGCUCUCUACGUGGAUGCAUCCCCGAUGCUUCAAUGAAGAGAUGCAUGAGAAAUACCUAGGCUACAUGAAGUGGAGGAACACGACGUAUUGGUACGAACGAGAACGCAUCAACGAGGUUCCGUUUGAUGUGGCUGCCAGUGGUGAGCACGGCGAAAUCUUCACAGACGGCACGAUCCACCACAUGCAUUGCAGCUAUGUUUGGGAUAGGAUCACGUAUGCUUCCCAUUUCAAGCCUCGAGUUCUGGACUCUCUUUGCCGGGACCCGAAACAUGUUGAGCACUGCAUCUUGUACAACGGGAUUCCGCAAUCAUGGGAGAUUGACUUGCCAAACAUCACUCGGGUGUAUAAUGAGCCUCACGAGAUAGACUGUUUGGUCGGUUAGCUUGUUUCGAGAGGCGGGGGACAGCAUCUGGCGGCAAGCUGAAAUGGGGUAUUUGAUUCUUACAGCGCGUACUGUAGUGAGCUUGUGAUUUUUCUUAGACAGCUCGGCAUCUUCAACAAACACACAGGUUGAGCGAAUUCAGAUGACAAAAUGGUACACGUAGCUGUAGCGGUCGG